AAUUCAUAAUACAAUACUUGAAAACAUCAUCAAUAUAUAACGACUAUCAUACUCAUUGUCCUUUACAACCACAUUUCAAUCUUUCUAUUUUUUCAUAACAAUACUCCUAAGUUUCAAUUCAACAAAGAUAUUAUGGCAGUUGAAGAAGCCAAGAAAGUUGAAGUAGCACCCGAGUGCGCCCCAGAGGCCCCCGUUGUAUGUGACAAGGAGGACGAGAAAGCAAUAGUGCCAGUCGAACCUCUUGUUCAUGAAGACAAACCUGUCGAUGAUGCCAAAGCUCUAGUCGUUGUCGAAAAGCCAGCAGAGGAUUGUGACGAGAAACCUAAAGAGGGUUCUAUCAACAGAGAUGAAGUUCUUGCUAAAGUAGCAACAGAGAAGAAAGAGGCACUUAUUAAAGCAUGGGAAGAAAGUGAGAAAUCUAAAGUUGAGAACAGAGCUCAACAGAAGCUAUCAUCCAUCGGAGCAUGGGAAAACAGCAAGAAAGCCGAACUAGAGGCCGAGUUGAAAAAGAUUGAGGAGGAUUUGGAGAAAAAGAAGGCCAAGUAUAUCGAAAAGAUGAAGAACAAGAUAGCGCUUAUUCACAAAAAGGCAGAAGAAAAGAGGGCACUCACAGAAGCCAAAUGCGGAGAAGAGCUUCUCAAGGCAGAAGAGAUGGCGGCUAAGUGUCGGGCUACUGGUGAAACACCAAAGAAACUCCUGGGAUGGUUUUAGUAGUGCUAAUAAAAUGUUGAAUUUGUCUUUCAGGCCUUUGAUUUAAUUUAUUUGUUGGUGUGUGCUUACAUUCAUUCUUAUGGUAUAUGAUUGUUUUAAUGUUUCAUUAUUUUGUGUGCAUAUGUAUAUGUAUGUAUAUUAUCCAUUUAUUUAUGAUAAAACAAGUUUGGAAUUGACAA